GGACCUUGCCCCGCCCCCGGUCCGCCCCGUCUGAGGCGGGACCCUCCAGAAAACCCUUGUCCCGCGGGGUCGGGCGCUCCACUCGCCGCUGCAACCCCUGCCGGGAGCGCUCUGCUAUCCAGCCCGCUGGGACGUCAACCACAGCUGUUCAGAAUGGCCAACAGGGGACCUGCGUAUGGCCUGAGCAGGGAGGUGCAACAGAAGAUUGAGAAGCAGUACGACGCAGACCUGGAGCAGAUCCUCAUCCAGUGGAUCACCACCCAGUGCCGCAAGGAUGUGGGCCGGCCCCAGCCUGGGCGGGAGAACUUCCAGAACUGGCUCAAGGAUGGCACGGUGCUGUGUGAGCUCAUUAACGGGUUGUACCCUGAGGGGCAGGCCCCAGUAAAGAAGAUCCAGGCUUCUACCAUGGCCUUCAAGCAGAUGGAGCAGAUCUCUCAGUUCCUGCAGGCAGCUGAGCGCUACGGAAUCAAUACCACUGACAUCUUCCAAACUGUGGAUCUCUGGGAAGGAAAGAACAUGGCCUGUGUGCAGCGGACACUGAUGAACCUGGGUGGGCUGGCGGUAGCCAGGGAUGAUGGGCUCUUUUCUGGAGACCCCAACUGGUUUCCUAAGAAAUCCAAAGAGAAUCCUCGGAACUUCUCGGACAACCAGUUGCAAGAGGGCAAGAAUGUGAUUGGGCUGCAGAUGGGCACCAACCGUGGGGCAUCUCAGGCAGGCAUGACCGGCUAUGGAAUGCCACGCCAGAUCCUCUGAUCCCACCCUGCCCCCACCCCUGUCUUCUCAUGAAUGGUUAAUAUAUAUGUGUAUAUAUAUAUGUUCUAGCAAUGACAUUCCCUGAGAGCCCAUGGAGCUUUCGAGCUCCCCUCUGCCAGGGUGGGGUCCAACCUGUCUUGUCACCCGUGGCAGUGUGUGACAGCAGCCUCUCCCCACUUUGCUUACUAAUACAUUCCUUUCCUGUACCCAUCAAAACUGGACCAAUCUUUCCCCUCGGACCAAAGCCUCUUCCCUUAGCGUGUCUCUUGUGACCUUGAGCUCUGUGCUCUUGGUCUACUCCUUGGCUAAGAGACAGAUGCUGCCCUGUGGCCCAAUGCCACACUGGCCUUCCUUCCACAAGUAUGCCUCUCCCAAAGCUGUGGCUGCAGGGACUUAAUUUAUAGGGAGGGGCCUGGGGGUUGGUUGCCACUCCAGCCACAGCUGGGCUGUACUUACCACACAUCUGGGGGCAGCCUUCCCUGGCAGAGGUCCUUUUGGCUUCUCAUUUUCCAUUCCCUUCACUGUGGUUAAGGGGUGUGGCAGAGGGGGAAAGAGGGAGAGGGCUGCCCACUGUGGUCUGGAACUCGAACAUGACUCUGCUGAUUUAAAUAAAGAAUCCUAGUCUUUUUGGA